AUAGCUUUGAUGGUAUUAGCUGUGGGACACCCAUUUGCUGUGUCGAGAAAGACAUCUUUUUGCCCGACAUGAUGAUCUACAGCCUCCGGCGCUCCAAGGACGGUUGUGUAGAGUCAAGUUACCCACCAACGUUUGCUAUGCUCGUCGAAAUCUCCUAGCUCGCUGUCCGCACGUCCCCCGCGCGCUCUCGACGAGCCCCAUGGUCAGACACACUCCCUUUCAUCUUCCGAGAAGACGGGUCCUGCUUGCGACAGCCCUGGGAGCGUCGCUGCUCACUCUCUUCCUCCUGCUGCGGCAGGCGCUUGGCUAUGUCGACGAACUAGAUCUGCCCAUCUCCGCCCAGCUCGAAUACUUGGACUGCCAGUAUCUUCCUCUGCACGCGUCUUCGCUGCCUCUCUCGGCCCCGCCAAGGACGCCGCUGCAAGCCGUGCAGGAUCUGCCUAAUUCAUGCAUUGACGCUCACUUCGCGCUUGGCGAGAUCUGUCCUGAGAACAACGCUCGGCCCCUCGACGUCGUGUGGACAUGGGUUAACGGAUCCGAUAUACUCUUGGGGGAAGCCAAGAGCCUCGCACAGAGCCAGUUUGGACCGAAAGACCCGUACAGACCCUUGCGAUCGGACGCACAAGCGCGACUCUAUCGCGAUCACGACGAGCUCAGGUUUUCCAUGCGCUCGGUCUUGGCCAACUUUAGGCAAUAUGCAGGCCGAUUCCAUCUCAUUACAGGCGACUUCCCCAUGCCUCAAUGGCUCGCCGAGAGAAGCAAUAUCUCUGAUCCAAAGUCGUGGCGAUUAGGACAGAUGCCACAAUGGCUAGAUACAAACAAUCGACUCGCGCACAAUAUGUGGCAGGACGGAAACACACAACUUUCUAUCACACACCAUGCACAAAUCUUCCGCCCCUAUACAGGGACUAACUUCAACAGUCUCGCUAUCGAGUCACAACUCGGCCAUAUAGAAAACGUUUCAGAUUAUUUUAUUUAUAUGAAUGACGACCUUUUCAUGAUCAACCCAUUGUCGCCCAUUAGCUUCUACACGCCAGCGUAUGGAGCUGUCCUGCACAUGCAGCCGGAUCUUCUCGUCAAUCCCGACAGACUACGUGGGAACAACCAAGGAGAAUGGCGUAGCCUCGGCGAGAGCAACUUUCUUCUAAGCAAGCGGUUCGGUCGCCGAUACCGUCCAUAUGUCGCCCACGAAGCCAAGGUCGCCUCUCGCGCUCUCCUACACGAGAUGGCCACCAUCUGGCCCCAGUCGUUCGCGGCCUCCGCGGCGCAUCCCUUCCGAGAGACAGCAAACGGCGACGGAGACGUGAAUGCGUUCUUUAUGCAUGCGCACUUUAUUGUCGAGCGUGCACGAGAAGCGCUCCUGUGGAGCUGGGUCGUCGGACGGGUCGGCGCGCUCAAUGGGACCUGGGGCGAAGCGGAGGCUCGGCGCGCUUGGGAGGAAAUCGGUGGCGCUUGGGGGGAGAGCGAUUUGCUCGUGGAGACUAGCCAUCGGGAUACGCUCACAAGGGAAAGGGUCGAGAGGGUCCUGAAGGCGAACAGAUAUCCGCUGCCGAGCUUGACCUCGUAUUCAUUCUCAUCUCUCGACGGUUACGCGUACGCUGGUCUGGGUGCCUAUGGCCGGCCAGAAUGGGUGUCAUUUGCCCCGGAGAUCAAUGAGGGCCACCUGCCCAGGUGCAGGAUAUCCUAUGAGAAGUGUUUCGCGAUGGAACAUCCGGAGUCUGAAGGUCAACAGCGACGUGCAAGCGAAAUCUUUACGGAUAUCGCGUUCCGGAAUGAGGCUUGUGGAGAUUGCGUUAUUCUGGCGCUUACAAAAGCAAGCGGCAGCCAUGGCUUGUCGGCUUUCCUUCCUGCUCCCGAUCGUGUCCUUCCACCGGUGGACAAUGAGGAUGGCGAGCGAGAAGUCCCCCAUCUUCCUCUAGUCGCAAACUGGGAAGACGGCGACUUCUCCCUAUAUGCUGUUAUGGGCCUGAAGCGUGAGCAGAAUGUAAGACAGUGGGUGCUGCAGCUUCUACAGCGCUAUCGCUAUGUGAUAGGUAAUACACCGUCGCUUUUCGAACGCGUCUCGAGCCCGCAAGGAGCGGCACAAGUCGUCGCACAUAUCGAGCGAACGCCCCAUGUGGCUCUUCUUUGCAUCAAUGACGACGCCACGAAGGAGAGCCUCACUUCCCAAGUGACACAGGUGCUGAAAAUAUGGUUCAAUAGACGCUGGAAGAAGCCUGCCGCUUGGGAACAGCGGUAACAGGGUCGAGCAUUCUUCUCAUUUGGAUUGAUGUAAGUCAAUGGGGCUUUCUGGGUUGAUUUCGAUCAACGUUGUCAUCUGGGUUGGUCGUUCUCUGUAUAAUGUUUUAUUAUCGUAGCCUUGUGCUAUGUCCCAUGUGAUUCGUAGUUCCAGCUGAUGUUACAUAGACACAGAUUUCUUUGACAAAUGUCGAGCCACACACAUUCAAUGCAAUCCCACAAACCUGUGUCGGUGGAUGAAUCACGGA